GUCUAACCAGCAGUCGCGUGGGAGGUGAGGCUUGCCAGAAUACGGGUGGGAAAAAAUAACGCAGGCCGGACAGAAAGGGCGUCAGUGUGCCAAUCAAGUCCAGGGUGGGCUCUGCUGCUUAAAGAGCUGCGGAAGGUCCCGUCAGUUCGGUACACGCGCUGCGUGUUGAUGAGCCAGUCGUGACAGUCAGGCAACUUUUCACUACUUUUAAACACUCCAUAGGUCCGCCUUGUACGUGGAGACCACCGCUCACACGCUUCAUCACGGUUAGAGUGCGCCGCACACGUCGCCACACUGGAUCUAAGCGACCCCGGGAACUGGUGGAGCGGGGGGAAGCCCUGGAGGAAUGAUCGUCGACAGCAGGCCCGCGCGGUGGGCAACAUGACCGCGGUUCCUCGCGAGCUCCCGGCGGCGGAGGAGAGGCAGAGGGACACCGAGGCCGUGAGCGUGGCAAUGACGCCCUCCUCCUGCCCAGAGUCAGAGGGCAGCGAGCGCGUGUCUAUCAACGUGUCCGGUCUGCGCUUCGAGACGCAGCGCAAGACGCUCGCGCGCUACCCCGGCACGUUGCUGGGCGACGCGCGCAAACGCACGCGCUUCUUCGACGAAAGCCGGGGCGAGUACUUCUUCGACCGGAACCGCACGUGCUUCGAUGCGAUCCUGUACUACUACCAGUCGGGCGGGCGGCUGCGCAGACCCGUGAACGUGCCGGUGGAGAUUUUUCUAGAGGAGAUCAAGUUCUACGAGAUCGACGAGAGCGUGGUGGAAGGCUUCAUCGCGGACGAAGGGCUCGUGCGGGAUGAGGAGCAGCCGAUGCCCGCGAACGACUUCAAGAGGCAACUCUGGCUGCUCUUCGAGUACCCGGACAGCUCGAACGCAGCGCGCGCGAUCGCAGUGGUCUCGGUCAUGGUCAUUCUCAUCUCCAUCGCCGUCUUCUGCCUGGAGACGCUCCCGGAGUUCCGCGCGGAACAGGACGUGUUCAGCUACGCGCACCUCGCGCCCAACGCCACCCACGACGGCGACCAGGAUCCCGCGUGGUACACGGACCCGUUCUUCGCGCUCGAAACGCUGUGCAUCGCGUGGUUCUCCUUCGAGCUGCUCUCGCGCUUCUUCGCCUGCCCGAGCAAGUCCGCCUUCUUUAAGGACAUCAUGAACGCCAUCGACGUGGUGGCCAUCAUGCCCUACUUCGUAGCGCUCGCUCUCGAGCUGGCUGAGCAGGGCGCGAGCGCGCAGCAGGCUACACCUUUGGCCGUGCUGCGUGUGGUGCGCCUCGUGCGCGUCUUCCGCAUCUUCAAGCUCUCGCGCCACUCCAAGGGCCUACAGAUCCUGGGGCGCACGCUGCACGCCAGCAUGCGCGAGCUCGGUCUGCUCAUUUUCUUCCUCCUGCUGGGCGUCGUGCUCUUCUCGAGCGCCGUCUUCUUCGCCGAGGCCGAAGAGACCGAGUCCGACUUCACCAGUAUCCCCGCGUCCUUCUGGUGGGCUGUGGUGACCAUGACCACCGUCGGCUACGGGGACAUGAGCCCCGUCACCAUCGGGGGCAAAAUCGUGGGGUCAAUGUGUGCCGUGGCCGGUGUGCUGACCAUCGCCCUGCCCGUGCCGGUCAUCGUAGCCAACUUCAACUACUUUUACCACAAGGAGAACGACGAGGAGGAUCACACGCAAUAUACACACGUGACCUGCGGUCAACCGGCGGCACCUCUGGUAGAUGAGAACAGUAAAGGUGGCAGUAAAGUUUCUCUCAUUAAGUCAGUUUGUUCGGAUGAGGAUGAUUUUACUUCCUCCACAUACUUCAACUUUAGCCUGGAGGAGUACACGGGGAAGCUGACGGACGUGUGAGUUUCAAAACGGAAAGAACUCAGAUGAGCGCAAACGAUCAUGGAGAUUAAAAGAAGAUAAUAUUGUCACCAGCAGCAAUCAAUGAAUAUUGAUUUUAAGCUUUUCUUGACUAAACUGUUUUGGGAAAACAACAAUAUUCCUUUUAGACUAACUCAGGAAUUAUAAGAACUACAUAUGUAAACACUGCACUUGUAAAUGAAUAUAUAUUGUAUAUGUACCCGUUAUAAUGCCAGUGAAACAGUGAAACAAACAUGAAACCUGUGUUUUCCAGGAUGUAUUGAAAUAGCCAGUAGUAUCAGAGUUUCUCUGAUACAUAAAAUACUGUACAGACUUUAAG